ACACACACACACGUUUGUAGGGGUAUAUAGGACCAGUCAGUAGGUUUGUUCAGUGUAUCUUCUCUCGUCCUACGUACCAUCACCAUGGCUUCCAGAUACCUAGAGACAAUCCUGCUUCUCUGCUGCAUUGUGACCAUGUUUAGUUCAACCUCAGCAGCAUAUGGUCCUCGGAAACUUUACUGUUGUGUGGAGUUUCAGGAAAAGCCUGUACCCUACACGCAGAUAAUAGGCUACAAACAACAGAGUUAUAAGGAGGUGUGCAACAAUGACGCUAUCAUCUUCUAUACCACGAAGAACAAGAAGGUAUGCGCCAGCAUUAAGGACGAGUGGGUGAGGACGGCUCUGGUUCGUCUCAGCUCCAAACUGAAGAAGAUAUCCACAGCAACACUGUGAUGGCCAAAACCCCCCAACCAACUCUGAAAGGAAGAUUCACCCACAGCGACACAACUUUUUCCAAUCGCAACUCCAACAGCACCAUAACCUUCAACAUCACCAGUAACAACCCAAUUGAGUAAUGUGGCCAAAUGAUGCAGAUUUAAUGCAUUGCAUAUCUGAGGUUUGCCGUUGUUGAGGAUUGUACUUUAUUCAUGCUCAAGCUUUCAGGUAUCUUAUGAACCCACAAUAUAAUCUAAUUAAGUUGAUUGCUUCAAUUAGUUAUAUUUUUCUGAUUUACAAUUUUUAUAUUUGUUUCUUUUAAGGCCUGCAGAAAUAAAUAUAUUCUAUUGCCUUUAUUAUUUAUUUUAGUCACAUUACCUUAAAACUAGAGCUGACAACUGCAUGGACAUUAGUUGUGAAUGUGAUUGUGAAUUGAAACAGUUCAACAGUGCAAAAGAACUGAAACCAUCAUGACUUCAAAUGACCUGUUGGGAAGAUAUAUUUAAACAUUUUGAAUCAUCAUAUAAAGCCAAUUUAUUCAACAUCAUGUUCUCAAUUCCAGUUAAAGUAAACAGAUCUAUUCUA